GUAUCGUUGCCUGGUCUACGUCGGCCAAUGUCCGCAUUCGAGCGGAUGAUGGUCGAUCGAGCCCGUGAGCAAAUGAGCCGACAACGACGACUGCCUAUAAAUAGCUCGUCAGCCAACGUGGAAGCCAUUUUGAACGAGGAUAUCAUUCGGUUUUGUGGAGAGAAUGUUCUGGUGUUCUCAUCGCUGGAACGACUUCCUUCAAAAGUCAGCGACUAUGAUCCCACAAAGGUGAGCAAGUUCGACCAAUCGAAACCACAAGAAGAAAAAAGUCUGUUAAUUGAUGCCUCAAAAGCCAUACCGUUGAAGAGUCGCCUGCGUUCUCCUUCUACAGACAUGAGGACUCGCUCAAAAAACGGACUCGCCCGCAACGCUCUUGUCAAAUCCGUCAGCCCCGCGCCUCCAGCUGUGCUUUAUCCAAAAGCACGCGGUCUCGUCGGGAAAUAG